AUGAGGUCCUCCCUGCAGGCAGUCGCGCUCUGGGGGGAGAAGGCCCCUUCCCACAGCAUCACCACCAUCAUGAUCACCGAUGACCAGCAAACAAUUGUGACUGGAAGUCAGGAGGGUCAGCUCUGUCUCUGGAGUCUCUCACCUGAACUAAAGAUUUCAGCCAAAGAACUUCUGUUUGGUCAUUCAGCUUCAGUAAUAUGUGUGGCGAAAGCCAGAGACUUCUCUAAACAGCGCUAUGUCGUUAGUGCUGCUGAAAAUGGGGAGAUGUGUGUGUGGAAUGUCACCAACGGGCAGUGCGUGGAGAAGGCCACCCUUCCCUACAGGCACACCGCAAUCUGCUAUUACCACUGCUCAUUCCGGAUGACAGGAGAAGGCUGGCUUCUAUGCUGUGGAGAAUAUCAAGACAUUCUUAUAAUUGACGCCAAAACCUUGGUUCUAGUUCACACUUUCACAUCGUCCCAAUCUCCUGAUUGGAUCAAUUGCAUGUGCAUCGUUCACUCCAUGAGAAUUCAAGAAGAUUCUCUCUUGGUGGUAUCAGUGACGGGUGAACUCAAAGUGUGGGAUCUCUCUUCAUCUAUCAACAGCAUUCAGGAAAAGCAAGAUGUCUAUGAAAAGGAAUCCAAAUUUCUUGACUCCCUGAACUGCCGGACAAUACGAUUUUGCACAUAUACAGAGAGACUUCUGUUGGUGGUAUUUUCUAGAUGUUGGAAGGUUUAUGAUUAUUGCGAUUUUUCCCUUCUGCGGACUGAAGUCAGUAGAAGUGGGCAGUUCUUUGCUGGUGGAGAGGUGCUUGCUGCCCACAGAAUCAUCAUCUGGACAGAAGAUGGUCACAGUUACAUCUAUCAGCUGCUGAACAGUGGGCUUUCAAAAAGCAUAUACCCUGCUGAUGGAAGAGUGCUUAGAGAGACCAUUUAUCCUCAUUUACUGUGCUCUGCGUCUGUGCAGGAAAAUAAGAGCCUGCCCUGUGUUAUGGGCUACAUGAAUGAAAGGAAAGAGCCUUUCUAUAAGGUACUUUUCUCUGGAGAAGUCUCAGGAAGAAUUACUUUGUGGCACAUCCCCGAUGUUCCUGUAUCCAAGUUUGAUGGCUCUCCUGGAGAGAUACCAAUAACUACUACCUGGACCCUUCAAGAUAAUUUUGAUAAGCAUCAUAUUAUGUCACAAAGCAUUAUCGACUACUUCUCCGGGUUUAAAGACGGAGCUGGAACUGUGGUGGUCACUUCAUCAGAGUAUGUCCCAAGUCUUGAUAAACUAGUAUGUGGCUGUGAAGAUGGGAACAUUUUCAUUACACAGGCUUUGAGUGCUGCCAAAGCAGGACUUCUGGAAGGAGGUUCUCUAUUAAAAGACUCCCUUCCUUACAAAGUUCUCAAAGGCCAUCACCAAAGUGUUAUUUCAUUACUUUACCCACAUGGUCUCUCUUCAAAAUUGGACCAAAGUUGGCUGGUGUCUGGGGACCAGGACUCUUGUGUUAUCAUGUGGGAUAUCUUUACUGAAGAAAUUUUGCAUAAAUUCUUUUUGGAAGCUGGUCCAGUAACAAGUCUUUUGAUGCCACCAGAGAACUUCAGACUGAGGAGUAAUCAGGUGGUUUUCUGUGUGUGCGGUGACCACUCCGUGGCCCUCCUCCACCUGGAGGAGAAGCGGUUCCUCUUCUGUGCCCGGAAGCACCUUUUCCCGGUGAAGGUGAUCAAGUGGCACCCGGUUGAGAAUUUUUUGAUUGUUGGAUGUGCAGAUGACUCCGUUUACAUCUGGGAGAUUGAAACAGGCACUUUGGAAAGACAUGAAACAGGAGAAAGAGCAAGAAUUAUUCUUAAUUGUGAUGAUUCACAGUUUCUAAAGCCUGAGUCAGUACUUUCAGUUGCCUCAGAGACACAUAAGCACAAAAGUAUAGAGCAGAGACCCUCCAGCUCCUACCAGUUUGGGCCAAUACCUUGCCCUGGUCUGCAGGUGGAGUCUUCAUGUAAGGUUGCUGAUGCCAAGACUUUCUCAGGUCCUUUUAAUGUCUUGCCUGUGAAGACCAAAUGGAGUAACAUUGGCUUUCAUAUCCUUCUAUUUGACUUGGAAAAUCUUGUUGAGCUUCUGCUGUCAACACCAGUCUGCGACAGUGACCCUUCCAAUUCAUUCUAUGGCAGUGAGAUCCUGAGAAGAGCCAAAAGUACAGUUGAGAAGAAAACACUGACGCUGAAGAGAAAUAAAACUGCCUGUGGUUCUCUCUCGGCAGAGGCACAAGCCAAGCCUGUGAGUGAAGCCCCAGCCCACGGAGAUAAUUCCAUCAUGGUCUUAGAAGAAUAUGAUGGAAUUAAAAGGCAAAAGAAAAUGAAGAGCUCCAAAAAGACACACCCUAAGCCAUCAAGAAAAUUUGAUGCCAACCUCAUAAUAGAUGCAGCCAAAUUGCUGCUAUCUUGCCUUUUGCCAUGGGGAGUGGAUAAGGAAUUAGAUAACCUCUGCAUUAAACAUCUCAAUAUUUUGAAGCUUCAGGGUCCCGUUUCUUUAGGACUUGCUUCAAAUGAAGAUCACUUCUCACUGAUGUUGCCAGGUUGGGAUUUAUGCAAUGCCGAAAUGAAGAAAGACUACUCAAAAGUCAAUUUGUUUUCCAGAAAAGUGUUGGACUUGUCAAACAAAUACACAUCCACUCUUCCAAAUCAAGCUGGGAUGCCAAGAGGACUGGAAAAUAAUUGUGAUGCUUUGCAUGAGUCAAACACUAUCAUUUAUUUAUUGAGAAGACUAUUUUUAGUUAACAAAUUAGUUAACAUGCCUGUAGACUUGGCAUAUGGAACUGAUAGCUCUUUCAGAAUGGAUUCUGUGCAUAACAAAGUGAAAAGUCCUGGGAAUGAUAUUUUGCAUAUUUCAAGCUUCUACAGUUACUUAAGAAAUGGUAAGAAUGAACCCCAUCUACCUGAAGCUGAUGUUUCUCUUUUGAAGCUAAUUUCCUGUUGGAGAGACCAGUCUGUGCAGGUAAUUGAAGCAAUACAAGCUGUUCUCUUGGCGGAAGUUCAACAGCACAUGAAGACCUUGAGAAAGACACCAGUCAGCAGUGAACCAGGGUCCGUGAAUGAGAAUGGUAACUACCGGAUGAUGCAGAUCCAGCCACGGAUGGAAUGCACGGAGGAACUAGAGUUACAGUGUAUUACAGACAGUUUGUCUCUGCAAACUUCAGCCAGUCUGGUCAAGCAUGACAGCGACUCAAACUCGGCAAACUUCCAAGACACUGAGGACAUGCCUGACAGAUGUGUCGUGAAAGAGUCUGAGAGUCCAGGUGAGCCAAGGCAUCGGUCAUGGAUAGCAAAGAUGUGCUUCUGCAAGCUGUGCUAA